CUCUGUCCCCUCGUCUAUCUCCCUCCAGUCCAGCAACGGCAAAUGGUCAAACACCUUUCACAGCCGCUCCAAAACCCCACUCCCUUCCUCGACCUCUUCCCCGUCACCGGCCAGCUGAUCAGAACAGUCUCCUAGGCUGCGCAGCAGAGACCCGGCGGCCGCAACACGGCAAGGAGAGGAGGCGGGUGGAGAAGCUGGGCUCAUCGCCGUCAAGCCCCGGCGGCAGAGCCCCCUAGCCCCAGCCCCGUCGAGGCAGGACGAGGCGCGGCGGCCGCCUCCGGUACUCGCGCGGGACGGCACAAAGAUGGGUUAUUCCGUACAAGAUUGUCAGACAAGGAAUCGUGAAAAGGAAAGGCAUGGAAAAAACAUCGAUGAGAAAGGCUUGAAGGUGAGCUGCAAUUACUGUGGAAAGGUGGUUCAGGGAUACAACCGUCUGGAGCAUCAUUUAGCAGGCAUCAGGGGAAAUGUUUCUCCCUGCGACCAAGUACCUGAAAGUGUCGGGGCAAGCUUGAGGAGUUCACUCGAAGAUCGCAAGAAAGAUUGGAUGCUCAGAAGAAUGAACAAACUGAAACAUGAUGUGGUUCCUCCGACAGGAAGCCCAGCCAUUACAUCCACCGAAGUCCAGCAAUCACAUCUGCAGCCAAAUAUGUCCAGUAAGCACUGCUUUCUUCAGUGCACACCGGAUUUGAUGGAUCCAGUGAAAAUGGAAACCACAAAAGCUUCAUGUGAAUCGAAGCCCUUAGUGAAGACAGAGGAUCACUUGGAUUUCCCAGCAGCAAAAUCAAUAGGCAAGUUCAUCUUGGAAGCCGGAUUUGAGCCUGGUGUUCUGCACGCUCCAUCGUUCAAGAAGAUGAUUGCUGUGCUUCACAAUGUGUCAGAAGUUGCAAUGCCUACGUAUGAAUCUAUUCUGCAGGAGCAGCUAAGAGAAACAGAGAAUCGUGAAAGGGAACUCAGGCAAGUGUGGCAAGGAAGUGGCUGCAGUGUAAUUUUGGAUAGUCGGAAGGGCCAAUGUGGCAAAAGCUUCAUAAGUGUCUUGGUUUAUUGCAGCAAAGGUAUGAUGUUCCUCAGAUCCAUGGAUGUCUCUGCCAUCAUCGAGGACGUGGAUUUGCUAACGGCAAUGCUUUUUCGUGUGGUCGAUGAUGUUGGUGCCCAAAACAUUGUUCAGAUUGUCACAAAUGAUGUGUCGCCAUAUAUGCAGACUGCACGGCACUAUGUGCUAAAGUAUCAUGACCAUGCGUUCUUCUUCGUGCUAUGUGCUGACCAUUGCAUCAACUUUCUGCUUGAGAAAAUAGCAGCAUCUAAGGAUGUCUGCGAGGUCCUAAGGAAGGCAAAGGCAAUUACAAGAUUUAUAUAUAGCCGUGCACUGCCAGUAGAACUGAAGGGAAGGUACAUUAAGGAGGAGAUUCUGAGCAGUUCUCGUUUGAAAUUUGUUGCAGUGUUUAUCACAUUAGAGAGGUUAGUUUCUGCCAGAGUAAAUCUAGUGAAUAUGCUUAACUCCCCUGCAUGGGAUUCCUCUGUUUGGGCGGCUUCUAGUGACUUGUUCAGACAUAUCUCUGGUAUAGUAAAGGCAGAUGAUGCAUUUUGGCGUGCUGCUGCUGACAUUGUGAAGGUUACAAAUCCACUUCUCAGUGUGUUGUAUAAACUGGAAUCUGACAUUUGUCCAAUGGGGAUUUUGUAUGACGCCAUGGAUGGUGCUAAAGAAAACAUAAAGCGCAAUCUUGGAGAUAAACAUGGUGAAUAUUGGGAUUUGGUUGACAGAAUAUGGGAUGUUUAUUUGCAUUCCCCACUCCAUGCUGCUGGUCAUAUGCUAAACCCAAGGAUAUUUUACUCGGACCGAUUCCGUCAUGAUACUGAGAUCAGCAGCGGCAUCACAACCUGUAUAAUCCAACUGGGCCAGGUUCAUUACAAUCCCAGAAAAGCGGCUGCACAAUUGGAAGUGUACCAACAAAGGUUGGGUGCUUUCGAUUCAGAUCCUGCAAAUCAGCAAGUAAUGGGAAUACCACAAGUUGAAUGGUGGUCGAUCCAUGGGGCUCGCACGCCGGACCUGCAAACCGUGGCAAAACGGAUCUUGAGCCAGACAUGCUUCGGCGCUACCAGGUACAACAUCGACUGGAGCUUAUCUGAGAAGCUGCAUGUUGGGCGGUGGAACAGGACAUUAGCUGAACAUAAGAGGUUCUGCCAAAUGGAGUACGUCCACUACAACCUCGUGCUCGCCCGUGCAACCCCUCAGGUUCAUGGUCCUUCCGUGGUUCAGCAUGGUAGGCUGACCAUGGUGCUGGAUGACUGGAUUGCAGCACCGAAAUAGGCUGCUGAUCGCCACUGAGGGGGCGUUCAGACUGGAGCAAUGCUUUCGCCUUCCUCCAUUUUGUUGUGUGUGCUACUGCUGCAAGUGGUAGGUCUUAGCGUUACUGCAUGUUUCUUCCGUGGUUCAGCAUGAUAGAGUGACCGUGGUGCUGGAUGAGUGGAUUGCAGCACCGUAGUAGGCUGGUGAUCGCCAUUGAGAUGGCGUUCAGUGUGGAGCAAUGCUUUUGGCUCCUCCUUUCUGUAUGUCUGCUACUGUUGCGGCUGCGAUCAAUGCAGUAGUAAUCUGAAUUUCCAACUUAAUUUCUUGACUUCAGGUCGGUUACCUAGUUUUA